CUCGUCUAUCUUGCAGCUAGCACUCUCAACUGACGCAUCCCACUCACCAUGUCCGACCCCAACCGCUACACUAAGCCUGUCCCCGGCCAGGCCUCCGUGCCGUUCCUCUCCUCCGCCAUCGUCUCCAACGGCAUGGUCUACACGUCCGGCGCGCUCGGCGUGACGCCCGACGGCAAGAUGGUCGAGGGCCCCAUCGAGGGGCGCGUCACCCAGAUCCUCGACAACCUCGAGGCUGUGCUCAAAGCGCACGGCUCGGGGCUCGAGCACAUCGUCAAGUCGCUCAUCUUCAUCACCGACUACAAGGACUUUGACGCCAUCAACAAGGUGUACACUGCGCGCAUGCCCAAGCCGCCCCCCGCGCGCAGCUGCAUCGGCGCUGCUACGCUGCCGCGCGGCACGGACAUCGAGAUCGAGGUGAUCGCGCGCAUCCCGGGCGCCAAGCUCUAGGUGCCACGUCCUGCCCUAGUGCCCUAGUGCCAUAGCAAAAUGCGUUAUGUGAUACAACAGUCUAAUCUAAU